AUGUUCCGUGUCGGUGCUGCUGUCGGCGCCAAGGUUGCCUCAUCAUCGGCGACUUUGCCGUUGGCUUUGUCGUCAGCUUCUUUUUCUGGAACUGCAGCUGCGGCUUUUGUGAUCAGCUCGAUGACGCUUGGACGAAAUGUUGUCAACCAGAUCGGACUCAAGACGCCGCAAGCGCCUGUGCCACCUGCCAAGUCUGUUCUCACCGAGCCGCACACCGUCGAUGCCGAGGCUAUUCUCGCCAAGACCGCUGCCAUGGACGCCGCCGAGUGGUCGGUCGAUGAGAUUGCAAAGACGCUCCGCGAGUCGCAUCUGGUCACAUGGGGCGCCACCGGUGCUGUUGAUCCUAUUCAGAUUGCUCAGGGCGAUGGCGUGUACUUUACCGAUACCGCCGGCAAGCGGUAUCUUGACUGGAACUCGGGCGCCAUGUGCUCAAACCUCGGCCACACCGUGCCCGAGGAGGUCAUCGAGGCUGUUGUGGAGCAGAUGCGUGCUGCGCCGUACGCCUACCCGUGCCACACCACGGUGCCCAUCAAGGCCAAGCUCGGACGCCUGAUGCAGGAGCUCAUGCCUGGCGACCUCAACCACUUCUUCUACACCUGCGGCGGCGCCGAGUCCAACGAGGCCGCCCUCCGCAUGGCCAAGCUCUUUACCGGGCGGUCCAAGGUUAUGGCGCGGUACCGCUCGUACCACGGCGGGUCUGCGGCGACGAUGGCGCUGACGGGCGAUCCGCGCCGGUGGACGGCCGAGCCGGCCAUGGGCAACGUCAUCCGUGUCUUUGAUCCGGACCCCUACCACGUCUCGUUUGGCAAGACCGAGGAGGAGAUUGUGGCCAACAACCUGACGCACCUCCGCGAGGUCAUCCAGUACGAGGGCGGGCACAACAUUAUGGCCUUCUUCCUCGAGUCGGUGACCGGGACUAACGGCGUGCUCAAGCCGCCGGCAGGCUACCUCGAGGGCGUCCGCGCCAUCUGCGACGAGCACGGCAUUCUUAUGGUGUGCGACGAGGUGAUGGCCGGCUUUUGGCGGACCGGCGAGCCGUUUGGCUUUAUGCACUCGGACCCCAUGAUUGUGCCCGACAUUGUGACCAUGGCCAAGGGCAUCAACGGCGCCUUUGUCCCGCUCGGCGCCGUCGCCGUUCGCGACCACAUUGCCGAGCACUUUAUGGACCACCCGAUCUCCAUCGGCACGACGUACAACUCGCACCCCGUGGGCCUCGCCUCGGCCUACGCUGCCCUCAAGCACUCGCUCGCCACCGGCAUUGGCGCCAACGCCAAGGCCAUGGAGCCCGUCAUGCAGAAGCACAUGAACGAGCUCGCCGACAAGCAUCCGGCCGUCCGCGCCGCCCGCUCCGUUGGCCUCUUUGGCAUGGUUGACCUGCAAAAGAACUCAGCCGGCGAGCCGUUUGUCACCUACAACGGCCCGCCGUCGCCGGCCAUUGCUGCCUUUAACAAGGAGCUCCGCGAGAACGGGCUUUUCACCCUCUUCCGCUGGUCGUCAUUCAUGUGCAACCCGCCGCUCAUCAUCAACGAGGAGCAGAUUGCUGAGGCCUUUGACAUCAUCGACCGUUCGUUUGCGCCCAUCGACGAUGCCUUUGAGGGCUAA